GAGACUGGGUAAAGGUACAGACAUUCGUGAGGGCAGGAGCACUUGGCUGUUUGCCUCUGUGAGAACUGUACGUAAAGCUAGUGAGAGAGAGACGAAAAAAAAAAAAAAAAGAGGUGGAGUUGUGUGUGUCCAUGGUCGAAAUUUUCCGUCGUCACACGUAAAAACACAAUCUGAUAAAUGGACCAACUGGAAACAUUGCAAGUUACAGUUUCGAUGCCGUAAUCCACGAAUGCUUAGUGAGAAAGCAGCCUGUGCAUAGUGCCAUCAAGAUGCCGAGAACUAAAGCUAUCAUGCCUAAUAGGAUAGCCACAAAAGCAAGAGAAGAGUCUGAAAAAGGACUUGGGGAAAUAUUGGGCCCCUCUACUCACACUCGUCAGAUGAACAACACCAUAAGAAAUGUCUUCCAGACUCAAUGCCAGUAUGAUGAACCAAGCCAUAAGCUGGUAUUGGGAGGCAGAAGCCCCAGUCAGAGCCCUUCACGCAGCAGCAGCAGCUUCCUCCACAACAGAAAUUCUGCUUCCAGGCCCCCGAUCAAGACCAACAGCAGAGAACACCUGGCUUCCGUUUCACCCAGGUCCGCCAACAACACACAAUCCAACAAUACUCCAUUAAGUAGGAUGGAGCAGUCUUGGCCCCCACCUUCUACUAUUCCUGGAAAGCCUGGGCCUUCAAAAAGUGUGGAAGCCCUCAACCGUCAAGUCAAAGUUGUGCAUACCACCAAGGUUUCCAAAAUCCCAUCACACACUGUUUCAACCAGACCCAGAGUUGGUAUUCUCAACAAAGUGAAGAGGCAGAGCAGUAUGUCAGAGUCAAGCCCAGCAUCUUCCAAUAAAGCAGAGGAGAUCGCACCAGCCAGCAGUAAAUUGGCCACAGAUCUGAUAAACCUCUCCAUCUCAAAGACGCUUUGCCAUCAAGAAUCAACUGACCAAGACUCUGAGCCAGUCACCAGUCAAAUCAAGUCAACUGAGUUGGAGCCUGUCACUCUUCAAACGCAGCCCGAAAUUAAAGAGGAAAACGAGAAGAAGAACAGCCUCGAAACGAUUACCAAAACGGAUCCGCCACCAAUUGGAGGUGGUCAUCGGGAAAACGGUCACGAGAAAGAGGAGGAGAGUGAUGAGACUCACGCAACUGAAGACAACGAAGAACAGGCAGUGGCCACGUCACCGGACGAACGUUUCCUCAAAUUCGAGGAGGAAAUUGGUCGUGGCAGUUUCAAGACCGUCUAUCGAGGGCUUGACACGCAAACGGGAGUUUCGGUCGCCUGGUGCGAACUGCAGGAGAAGAAGUUGAACAAAUCCGAGAGGCAAAGAUUUCGCGAAGAGGCUGAGAUGCUCAAAGGUCUACAGCAUCCCAACAUUGUGAGAUUCUACGACUAUUGGGAAGUGGCUCUGACCAAGCGCAAGUAUAUCGUCCUCGUCACUGAACUCAUGACAUCUGGAACACUCAAAACGUAUCUGAGGCGUUUCAAAAAAAUUAAUCUGAAAGUACUCAAGUCAUGGUGCCGUCAGAUCCUCAAAGGCCUUUAUUUCUUGCACUCGAGAACGCCCAACAUCAUCCAUCGUGAUUUGAAGUGUGACAACAUCUUUAUCACGGGUACGACUGGCUGCGUGAAAAUAGGCGACUUGGGGUUAGCCACGUUGAAGAAUCGCUCGUUUGCCAAAUCAGUGAUUGGCACUCCUGAAUUCAUGGCUCCCGAAAUGUAUGAAGAGCACUAUGACGAAGGCGUUGACGUCUACGCUUUUGGCAUGUGCAUGCUGGAAAUGGCCACCAGCGAGUACCCGUACAGCGAAUGCAUGGGACCGGCUCAGAUCUAUAAGAAAGUCAUCAGCGGAGUGCGACCACAGAGUUUCGAUAAGGUCGAGAGCAGUGAGAUUCGUGAUAUUAUCGACCGUUGCACGCGUCUGCGCAAGGACGAAAGACCGAGUGUCAAGGAUUUAUUAAACGAUACCGAGUUCUUUGCCGAAGAAACUGGUCUGAAGGUGGAAGUGGUGUCGCGCGACGAGGCGGUGGCCAGCACCAGUGAAAGUGUCCAAUUCCGGUUGCGCGUCCUCGAUCCAAAGAAAAGGCGCGACAAGCACAAGGAGAACGAGGCCAUCCAGUUCGAGUUCAACGUGGUGACGGACGAUGCCGACAAACUCGCCCAGGAUAUGCAUUCGGACGGCAUCCUGAUGGAGGAGGAUGUCAAAGUGCUGGCCAAACUGCUGAGAAGUCAAGUGCAGCAAUUGAUCAAGGAACGGGAUGAACGCGAAGAGAUUCGGAGACAGAAUCACGUUGCUUCCCAACAGCAAGCGCCGACUGUAGUUGUUGUACAACCUCCCCCUCAGGUGGUGCAGCCAGUGAUUCAGCAGCCGGUCAUCCAACAACCAGUCAUCCAGCAGCCGCAAGCUACUCCUAUGGAUCAGACCAUGUCGAUCCAACAGCAGCAGCAGCAACAACAACAGCAGCAACCUGCUCCUGUGCCACAGCCAUUGAUGCAGCAGCAACAACAACAGCCAAUGUUGCCGAAUCAGCAAUUGCCUUUAGCUAUGGCUACAGGUUUGGUUACUCCGCCGCAGCAGCACGUCAUUCAACAACAGCACGUUAUCCAACAACAACAACAUUUGAUUCCACAGCAAGUGGCAGCUAACCAACAACAAUUGACGGUCCAGGCGAUACAGAACCAAAUCCACCAGCAGCAGCAAACGCUACACCAGGUCAAUCAGCAGAUCCAGCAACAACAACAGCAGCUGCAGCAAGUGAAUCAACAAAUCCAGCAGCAGCAAACGGUGCAGAUCCAGCAACAACUCUUGCAGCAUCAACAACAUUUGUUGAAUCAACCCAUGGCGUCUGCCCAGCAAAUGGAGCACCAGGGUUUCACGCAACCGCAGCAACAACAGCACUACCAACAACAGCAAUCCGCAGAAGUGCCUGCUCAGUAUUUCGUUCCGGCAGAAUUGCCCGUCUUCCAGCAACAGCCGCAACAACAAACUUACAGCCAAUACCAAACGACGGAAGCUCAACCUUACGCUCAGUCGGUUCCUCAGCAACAACAGCCCGUCCGUCAGAUGGUGAACUACGUGCAACAACAACCGAUCGAUCAGGCGCAAGUCCAUUGCGCCGCUGCCGAGUCCAUGGCGUUCCCUGUCCAGCAACAGCAAGUGACAGCUCCGCAGUAUGCCCAACAGGUUGUUUAUCUGCAACAACCCAUUCAGCAGAUGGUCCAGCAACCCGUCGAACAGGCAGCCUAUAUCCAUCUGCCUCCUGUUCAACCUUCAAUCCAACCUGCGCAAGAGCAGAUGUCGUACGUUCAGCAAUCUGCAGUCCAGCAGGUGGUGGAUCCUUCCAAUUACCCGCAGCCAACUCAAGAACAAAUGGCCUACAUCCCGCAGGCAUUGCCGCAAGUUGCCCAGCAACCGAUGCAACAGACUCAGGAUCAGAUGGCGUACAUCCAUCAAUCUGUACCCCAAGUGAUGCAACAAUCUCAAGAUCAGAUGGCGUACAUCCAACAGACGGUUCCUCAACACUCAGUUGCCCAGCAACCGAUCCAGCAAACUCAAGAUCAGAUGGCAUACGUCCAGCAAGUUGGCCACCAAAUUGUUGAUCAGACAACGUACGCUCAGCAACCGAUCCAGCAAUGUGUAUCGGAGCAACCAACCUACCUUCCUCCACCACCAGUCAUCCAGCAGGUGCCGCUGACGCAAUCGGCCAUCAUUCAACCGAAUGUUGUUCAACCCGUUGGCCAGCCAAUUGUUGAUCAAACAGCCUAUCUUCAACAGCAGCCGAUUCAUCAGCUGCAACACAUGGAACAGCCCGCGUACAUCCAAGCAGCACCUCACCCUGUCGAUCAGUACGUUCCAGCCACGUACCAAUUGCCUCAGCCAACGCUGGAACAGCAACCGGCAUACGUUCAACCCGUGCAGCCCGAACUCGUCCGCAAGCAGUCUGGCCUUUGUCAACAACAACUGGAAGCGGCGUCAACCGCCUACCUCCUGGAGAAAUUAGAUUCCCAUCCGGGCCAAGUGACUCAAGGGGAAUCGCAAAUAGCCGCCGCUGUGGUGGACAUGCAAUUGCAAAACCCAGUUUUGCAAGCCGUUGUCAAUGAUUCGGUGCCGGCAAUCAAUCGUUCUGGUACCCCAGAGCCUGUGGCGCAAUGCUGUUGUAGCGACGUGUACACGACCGACUCGUGCGGUGAAUCAUCCGCAGCCGAAUCGGUCGACACGGUUGCCUCAGCUGCCAGCGCUACUGCUAGCGCCGCUAGCGGCAGUAACGCCACCGUGACGGCAGGUGAGAAGCGUCUCGGCCGUCGGUUGACCAAUAAACGUCGCCGGACGGCUGAACGUGGCCCUCGACUUUCUGUUUUGAGUGUCCAGGGUUCCGUGGUCGAAUGUCAGGUGGAGACGAUGAAACAGGAGACGGUGACAUUCAAAUUCGAUCAGGCUGACACGGUUCCGGCCGAUGUGGCCAACAAUCUGAUCAAACAUCGUCUGCUGAGCGAACAGCACGCUGACAUAUUCAUCGAACAGGUGGAGGAUAUUCUGCGACAGUUGAAAGAGAAUCCAGAUGUCCUACCUGUCGUUUCUUUACCUCCAGCGAAGCCAGCUGCUGAUUCGCUCUCGCCCAACCGAACAGGAACUACGACGACAGCCGCAUCCAGCGUUGCCACCGGUUCUGUCGACAGUGUCGAUACAAAUAGCAAAGGUCCGCAAGGAUCGUUAGGUGAUGUCCAGCAAGCAGUCGCUGCUCCAACCCUUCCAGUCGUGGCUUCGGCUGUCCCUCUAGCGGCCGGAUUGCAUCUUCAUUCGCGUUCAGCCAGUUUGGAUGGCAGCGAUGUAUGUCACACGGCACCGACCGACUCGGCCGUCUCUGCAGUCUCAGCUGCGCUUGCUACUACUCAAUCCCAAACAACACAACCACCCAACCUUGCCCCGCUUAGUAUUUCUAAUCCUGGCAUAGCUGUCACCGUAGACGGUGCUACUCCGCCAGUCGUAGCCAUUCCCGCUCCUCAAUUUCCCACAAUCGCUUCUCAUCCAACACCCGCCCCUGCUGACGCAGCUCCUCCUCCUGUCGGUGGGUUAGUUGAACCCACUGAAACAGUAACGCCCAAGGUUCGCAAGGUAUCACGAUUCUUGGUCAAAACCAUUUCCGCUCCUUUGCCCGUUUUGGAUCCAGCAGCACCUGCCGCUCAAUCAACUGUUUUAGACGCGCCGUUACCGACACCGCCCGCAGCAACGCCGAUUCCGGCUCUGGCAGUUACUUCGGAGCUUCUUCCAACUGAUUUGCCUGCGGGAGCUAUUCAAAAAUGCGAAUUGCCUCCAGUGGUCGUCGGACAAGAGUCCAACAUGCCCGUCGGUCAAACAGCUCCGUGCGCUGCCGCAAACGUGGCCGGAAAUGAUUUAGGUGCCGCUUUUGUGACGGUCGCUUUGAGCAUCAACAUCACAUCGAAUGGUAUCUACGCGACGAGCCGAUGUAGCAGUCCAGCACGUGUUCCCAAUAACAACAAUGCUUCCGGCGAUCAAUCCAUGGGUGUCAGCACCGCCUCCGUCCCAUUGAAACUUUGCAUUGCCGAGGCGAAUGCCGCUGGAUCGCGGCCUGCCGCAGGUAACAGUUUGCCGACAUCGCAACCACCUACCCCGCAAACUUGCCCCACGAUGGAUACGUACUUGAUGGACCUACAGCAUAAAUUGGCUUCGCUAUCCAUGACCAAUAACAAUCCGAAUCCUUCCGCUCAUCUGCAGCAACAGCAUCAGAAUUACUCGCCCGAAUCCACGCAACAACUUCCGUCUCCUUCGUCAUCCACCAAGGAAGGUACACCUUUGCUGGAACCCGUUUUUCACCCUUCGGUGGUUGUCGAUCAGGUGGAUCAAGCGACAGAGAACAACAGGCCAGCUCAACAACAACAGCGCAAAGUUUUGCCGUCUACCAUCGACAUCCACGAUUUGCAUUCGGAGUUGUCCAAAUUACAUUCGCAGGGACCCGGUCAUCCUCCAUCGUUGCUGAAAGCCAAAGAAGCUUUGAAUCCUUGUCCGACGGAAGCGUUGGCAACAGUAGCAUCCAGCGCAGCGAAUCCGGUUGUCCAGCCAGCAACUGCGAGCAAUCCACCUGAAGUUGUUGACGAAGCCCCUCCGGAUAAGACUGUGAUUAAACCGAUUCCGGUUAGUGUUGGACCAUCGGUGACUCCAGUAGCUUCCGCACCUACCACCACCACCAAAGAGCAGAAGAGCAGCCAAACGGAGCCUGAGCUUAGCGUUGCCCAGCAACCGCAGCAGCAACGCAAAUUAUCACUUCCUCCACCGGUUCCACCUGGUGAGCGUCGAAUCUCGCGCUUUUGCGUCAGUCUGGUUGACGAGAAACAACGGACAGCCGCUAGCGGACUGCCGGAAGAAGCUAACAAAGAUCCAGAAUUGAGGGAAUUGUUGUUGCGUCACGAACAGGAAAAGAAAGCUUUGAUCCGGAAGCACGAAGAAGAAUUGGCUGCUUUCCACGCCCGGAGGAAACAGCAGUCAGCUGUUCAGCAACAAUCACAGCCACAUCCUUUGCAGCGACAAGAAGCCACAGAAGGUUCCAGGACACCUUCUCCAGGUGCCAGUUGUAAUCCCGAUUUCGGAGAAGGGCGUGGUUUGCCCACGCAGAACAGCAACGCAACAGCCGCUGCUAAUGGGGCCAGUGGUCCAGUCCCCAAUCCGACGCGCAGUUCGUCUCCUGGAACGCCGACGCGUCAGACGAAAACCUUCACCGACGAUUUGCUGCGACUCGUUCAAGAUUUGGGCAGUAAACCUGGAGCGGAGAAGAGUAAAAAAGCCGGAGGAGAAGGUGUUGAGAAAGCGCCGACGCUGAAUCAACUGAGGGCCGGCGCUAAUGGAGGCGCUGCCGCCAGUCUUCAACAACAGCAGCAGCAACAACAACAACAUCAUUCGCUGACUCAAACUGCUGGACUGAGUUUCGGCCGGCCUUUCGGUGGUGUCUUGUCGCCCGUGCCGUCCACCAGCUCUAUGUCGAGUCUCUGCGGCCAACAGUCCAUCUUCUCUCCCAUCCAUCUGCCGUAUGUUCCUCAUACGUCUGCCAGUUCGGCCUCUGUUGCACAACAGUCGGGCGGACCCUGUUUCAACCACAUGGGCAGAGCUUCCAGCCACCCGAUCAACAUUCAACCCAACUCCCUGUCUUCAGUCAUCGGUUCCCCGCCGUCAGUGCCGCUUUUGGCCAGCACAGCAGCAGCAGCAGCAGCAGCAGCAUCUUCCUCUUCGUCUUGCUCGUCGGCAUCGACGUCGGCAAUGGCCGGUUUUAGUUUUAACACUCCGGCCGGCAGUCCCCUGCGUUCCCCACCGCUAAGACUCAGCUCCAAAGAUAGCAGAUCUUCUUCGCCCUAAAAACGAAAACAAAAAAACAAGUAAAUAGAUUUAUUAGUUGGGAAGGGGGAGGCAGCGUGAGAUAAAAGAAAGUCAGUUCAGUUUUCUUUAAUUUUACCCUUCGCCCAACAAACACAUAAAAACAAGUAAUUAAAUAAGGGAUGUAAGAUUACACUUUAAUUUUUUUUAAAGGUUAUUAAUUAUUAUUUUUUUUUUUUCGUCAAAACCAAAUUAACGAAUGGCAAGCAUGUCAUUAAUUUCUUUUCCUACCAUCAAAAUAUAUAUAUUUUUUUUUUUUUCUGUUUGUUUAUCGAUCCGCGUAGCACUGGGUGUUUACUGAUUUUUUGUCGCUUCCUUUCCGAAUUCCAAUCUAUUUUUUAAAAAACAAAUUUAAUCUUAUUGGGUUUUCUAUUUUGCCCUCUCCGAAUUUUGUCGUUUGUGUUGUGUGGUUUGUGUGUGUGUGUGUGUGUGAAUGUACGCGAUUGUUCUGCGCGCGGUACCAAGUCACUGCUGUGAUAUAAAAAUGGAAAACAGAGACAGAGAAAGCGAGACGAAGGUGAUUCUUCAUGCGGGAUUUUGUGUGUGUGUGUGUGUGUGUCUGAGAAAAGAAAGACGACGGAAAGCACGAAACGGAAAUCCCUUCCCCUCCUCAGUGUCUAUCCUGAUGACUACCGUGCGUUAAAAGUCUCUUUAACGACCGUGCGUGAUGGAAGUCUCUCUCUUUUUCUUCUUCUCCCCCUAAAAUCCCUUUCAAUUCCUUCGCUUCGUUUAUGAAAUUUCCACGCCUCUUUCGAACGAAUCAAACGAUCCACACAAAAUAUUUUGAUUACACUUUAAACGCUAUUCUUUUUCUUGUCAUAUUUUGGAUGCAUCGAGGAUAAAUCGAAUUAUUUCUUCCCCCGCCCCCCCUAUCAGAUUAAACAGUAAUGCAACAAAAAGAACAAUUUUUUUUUUUCUUUUCUAGAUUAAGAAAAAUAAAAGUCCCAUGCUAAAAUGAAACAAGGAAAAUAUUUGAAAAGAAAGAAAAUACCCGUUAAACUAUUUUUUCCUUAUUCAUUUUGCCUUCCUUCCUUUAUUGGGUUCCGCCCUGAUUUUUGGUCACGGUCAUUUAUGUUCGAUCACGAAUGACAAUGUUUUUCUUCUUAACAGACAUAUUUGCAGAACAAAGACAACACCACAUGCUUGACUUGUGCCGUUGGGAGCUAGUUGAUUUUUUGAUUGCAAAAUUUAGAUACGACACAAAAAAGAAAAGAAAAAAAACAAAAACAAAAUUUAUCCCGGAAAUAUUUGACGUGCUUCCGCUAUCGGCUUUUUCUUUCCUCUGCCUGAUAUUUUUCUUCUUCCUUCCUUAUUAUUAUUAUUUUUUUAAAAUCUUGCUAUAUUUGAACUGUGUGCCCCUCGCCCGUAAAUAUUAUCGUUGGUGCCUUUAUUUUCUUUUACAAUUACUUGCGGCGGUAUUUUGCAAUCGAAUACGUGAUAUCAAAAAACAUUUUCUUUCCCCCUCUGUGGACGUGUCCAGAAGUGAUACGAAAAGAUUAAGAAACGUAUUCUUUCUUCUGUACGAUUAUUAUAAGAGAAAAGGGGCGGAAUAAGAGGUCUGUGGAGCAAUCUCACAUUGUAUAUCUAUGUCUGUUGCUUGUAUACAUAUGCCGUGCUGGAAUCGUGUCAAAAAAAAGCAGAGAGAGAUGGCGAAAAAAAAAGAAAACAAGCAGACGAAAAGAAAAUGGAAACAGUCUUCUGUCUUGUUGUGAACCUCGUGAAAUCGUUAGGGCUCCCGCGAAAUUUGAUGAUGAUGGAAUAUUACUGGACUAGUCACGCGUGACCGACAUUUUGGAGGGCUGUAUUCUUUUCGUUGGAAAUGUUUUCUCCUUCCGCCCCCCCCCCUAUAUUAUAUACUAGGGUAUUAUAUACACAUCUUUUUCUUGUAGAGCGAAUAUAUUGUUUGUAAUUCGCUUAUUGAAUUCUCUUUUCAGUUUUUAUGAGUGAUGCAAAAUGAUAAGUGAUCUUUUGUGUCGCUUUUUUUUUUUUAUGCAAACAGAUUUUCUUUUUUUCUUUAAUGUAGUUGAUGCCGAAAAUUGAAAAAGAAAAGUCGCUCCCCGUCUGUUCGAGUCCUUGCCAGCUUGAAGCCAUUUUUACACGGUUGUGUGUGUAGAUGAAAAACUCGUAUAAACAUUUGUAAUAUUUCGUUUUUUUUCUUUAAUUACUGCUAUAGGGGAGGCCUCUUGUAUUGCUCUCGUUCCUGACUUUCCAUAACACUCGAAAUACAUAGAACUUAAAAAAGAA